AUGCCCAUCUCAAAGAAAGACCGUAUCAACCGCGAGCACAAGAAAGCCGACGCGGCCGGGACGCGCACCCCCGUCAAGGCCAACGGCAACCCCGUCAAAGCGCCCACGCCCAUGUCAAAGUGCGCGUAUUGCAUGAAGGAGAUUGUGGCGUCGAAUCAGACGCAGAAGAAGGUCCAUGCCGAGACGCAUGAUCAGAAGGUGUGGACGAAGGAGAAGUGCUGGCCGGAUGAUACGUUUGCUUGA